CUCGGGGAAAGAGGGCUUAGUUUUGCAUGUUCCCAUCCAUCCUGCACGACGCGAAAGGGCCCCUUAUCCACCUCUCCUGUGUACAAGGAACACCUCCACUGGUGAUCAGCCUUUGCCUGUGUUUGUCUUGUGGAGAAGCAGCAGCACCUUUUCAGGAGUGGGUUUUUUAUUCAACAAGAAGUCCUGAAGGUUUUGGAUGCGGUGCUUCAGGGAUGUGGGCACUUUGAGAGCAGCAUCACCCACAAACAUACAACAACUGCCAUCGAUUUUUCUGUGAAUAGCACAAAAAAAAGAAAAAGAAAAAACAUAGAGGAACAAUAGCAACAAAAAAAAAUCUUGUCUGUUGAACAAUUCACUUUUGCAGUCUGUGGAUACCGCUCUAACUAAGUACAGCACUUUGAGAAUUGUUCACAUCGGACGGACUGAAGAGGGAGGCAAGACCUGUGGACCGGGUUUUCCCUCGCAAGUGUGAAUCGGCUCUCGCUACUUAUCCUGUGAAAAAAAACCAACCCUAAAGGAUAACACGCUUGGAGGUUUAUUUCCCUUAUUUCGCAGGAGGCUCUUUUUCACGCAAAUUGUCCUAAAUGUUUGGAAUUCAGGAAACUAUACCGCGGGGUGGGACGACGAUGAAGGAGGAACCGCUCGGACUGAACUCGGUCCGCUCCUGGAUGCACACAGCUGGGGUGGUGGAUGCAAACACAGCCGCCCAAAGCGGUGUCGGCUUGGCACGGGCACAUUAUGAAAAGCAGCCCCCUUCCAACCUCAGAAAAUCCAAUUUUUUCCAUUUCGUCCUGGCUCUGUAUGACAGGCAGGGUCAGCCCGUGGAGAUCGAAAGGACAGCUUUUGUGGACUUUGUGGAGAAAGAUAAAGAACCAACCAGUGAAAAAACUAACAAUGGGAUACAUUACAAACUACAGUUAUUAUACAGCAAUGGCGUCAGAGUAGAACAGGAUCUUUACAUACGGUUAAUCGAUUCCAUGACGAAGCAGGCCAUAAUUUAUGAGGGUCAAGACAAGAAUCCAGAAAUGUGCAGAGUUCUUCUUACCCAUGAAAUUAUGUGCAGCCGAUGCUGUGACAAGAAAAGCUGCGGAAACAGGAACGAGACUCCAUCAGACCCUGUGAUCAUUGACAGAUUCUUCCUCAAGUUCUUCCUCAAGUGCAAUCAGAACUGUCUGAAGAAUGCAGGGAAUCCGAGAGACAUGCGCAGAUUCCAGGUUGUCGUAUCGACGACCGUCAAUGUGGACGGCCAUGUCCUGGCUGUCUCCGACAACAUGUUCGUACACAACAACUCCAAGCACGGGCGAAGGGCUCGCAGACUCGACCCUUCAGAAGCAGCCACCCCGUGCAUCAAAGCUAUCAGCCCGAGUGAAGGAUGGACCACUGGAGGAGCCACUGUCAUCAUCAUAGGGGACAACUUCUUUGAUGGCCUACAAGUCGUGUUUGGCACCAUGCUCGUAUGGAGCGAGCUGAUAACUCCCCACGCCAUCCGUGUCCAGACUCCACCUCGGCACAUCCCUGGUGUCGUGGAAGUCACGCUGUCCUACAAGUCCAAGCAGUUCUGCAAAGGUGCCCCUGGGAGAUUUGUCUAUACUGCCCUGAAUGAGCCAACCAUCGACUAUGGUUUCCAGAGGCUGCAGAAGGUUAUUCCCAGACACCCCGGCGAUCCUGAGAGGUUACCAAAGGAGGUGCUGCUGAAGAGAGCGGCUGAUCUCGUGGAGGCUCUGUAUGGAAUGCCCCACAACAAUCAGGAGAUCAUUCUGAAGAGGGCAGCUGACAUCGCCGAGGCCCUGUACAGCGUUCCCCGCAACCACAACCAGAUCCCCUCUCUCGCUAACACAGCCUCCCACGGCAUGAUGGGAGUCAACUCCUUCAGCAGCCAGCUAGCAGUUAAUGUGUCUGAGUCACAAGGCAACGACCAAGUGGGCUACAGCAGGAACACCAGCAGCGUGUCCCCCCGGGGCUACAUCUCCAGCAGCACCCCCCAGCAGUCGGGCUACAACUCCGUCAGCAACAGCAUGAAUGGCUACGGCAAUGCCGGUAUGAACCUGGGAGUGCCAAGCUCCCCCGGGUUCCUCAACGGAUCCUCUGCCAACUCCCCAUAUGGAAUUAAACAAAAGAGCGCCUUCGCCCCUGUGGUCCGACCCCAGGCCUCCCCACCCCCCUCCUGCACCAGCGCCAACGGCAACGGACUGCAAGGUGAGCCCCCCUCACCCCCUCAUCCCUUCCCUACGGACUACUGGUCAGAUACCGCUGCUCAGGCCUCUGUCCGGUUCGCCAUGUCCGGUCUGGUUGUCCCUCCAAUGUAAAUGCACUUUCAUCAUCUCAAGCACCAGUCUACACAUUACCACUUCACAGGAGCACACAGCAAAAUCGCUGGUGUAAUGUAUAGUCAAACGCUUGUUUUUGUUUUUAAAGAUGAAGGGAAAAAAAAUGAAAAGAAAGAAAACGAUUUUCUUUUCUUUUAAAUGACU